UGUGAUUUCGGAGACGAGGAAGAACAAGCGCUCCUUUUGUGCAGGGCGGAGGAGGCCACUGAAAGGCGAUCGACGGUCACAGACGGGAGGCUCGCUGCUCAGCUGCUGCUGCUGGAGUUUGUUUGCAGGUCAACCCCAUCAUCCGCUCGCUCCGGCCCCGCACCAGCUCCGGAAAGUUCUGCGGGCUUUGCCUGCCGCGGCGGCGGGGCGGCUGCGCGAGGCGAGGCUAUAAAGGCGGAGAGGCGGAGCUCCGCGUCUUCUGACGGCUGUGCGCGGCUUUCCAGCAGGGCUGCUUACUUGUUCGGACGCCGCGUCUUGCUCCUCCGCUCCGCGCUGUCUCCACCGCCAUGGCCGUCUGGAGCGGCUCGGAUUCCGGCUCCGCCAGGCCCAGCCUGACCUCCGUCUCCUCGGGGGAGCUGAAGAGCCUCCGGACGUGCAACUGCGAGUUGGCUCUCUUGCCGCUGCGGCAGCUGCUGCUCCUGCAGCCCGACUCCUUCCAGCUGCAGGCGGGGGCCACCCUGGCCGUGCUGAGCCCCGCGAGCCGGCAGCCCGGAGGCGGCUUCACGGUCAUCAGCGACGGCUUCCUCCACUUGGACGGGCAGCGCUUUUGCCGCCUCACCGGCUGCUUCAAGAGAUACGUGGAACUUAACACCCAUUAUGACUAUAAAAAUUACAGAGAAAUGAUAUUGGGCCGACCAUUGGUUUUCUUCGUUAACGUCAAAACAAAAGAGAAUUCUUCAAAAGAAAAAACAUAUGCUCUGCUGGUGAAUACCCGACAUCCAAAAAUGAGGAGACAGAUUGAGAAUGGCAUGAAUAACAUAAUAUCAUCUGUGUUUGGAGAGAGCUAUAAACUUCAGUUUGAUUUCCAAGACAUUGUAAAGAAGUUCUUCCCUUCAGGAGCCCAUCUGGUUAAUGGAGAAAAUUUGAGCUUUUCCUACGAAUUUAAAUCCGAUGCCUUAUUUGAUUUCUUUUAUUGGUUUGGGAUCAGCAAAAGCACCAUUUCAGUGAAUGGGAAAGUUCUUAAUUUAUCCAGUACCAAUCCAGAGAAGAAGGAAAUGAUAACAAAGUUUCUGGAUAAAAUGAGUGAACCUAAUCUACAUUCAAACAGCUUUUCAGACAGAAAGUUCAGUGUUAUCUCCAGAACUUCAAUCGAUGAUGUGUUUAAUAGCAAUUUGACACCACAGUCAUCUUGGAUGGAAUCUCCUUUUGCAGUUUGGACAAUGUCAGGGGUACAGGCAUCUGGAGACUGAACAAACACAGUCAUUGGGUGUUCAUAAAUGGAAGAGAGAUGCAUUGGGAAAGGCAUUCCUGCGCCAGAGGAACCAUCCUUACUGAAGAAUACAGACUUGCCAAAAGGAAGUUUUUUCCUUCUCUCUUUUUUGCAUCUUGCCCAAAAUAGCAGGCGAUGUUUGAAUUCCAACUCUUUUCUUGAUUCAAGAAGUCUUUUCUGAUUCUUGAAUUGGUACUCCCAGUUGUUCAGCAUUUAGCGUGAUUUGCAUAGAGAUUUCUUGUGAUCCCUAUCCCUCUUAAGUAUAUAUCAGGAGUGAUUUAAAUAAUUUUAAGUAUAGAUUCUUAGAAUGGUUUUAAAUAAAAUUCCUGGGUUUUAAAAGGAGUCAUUGAAAUGAUGAGCAACAGUUGAUUUUAAUCAUUUUCCAGCAUUAUUUCUAAUGCCAAGUCUAAAGGAAUUUAAAAUUGCUUUUAAUGCUCAUAAAGUGUAGAUUAAAUAGUUAAGCUAUACCUGCUAUAGUUUAAGUGGCCAUGAUGACUCUUGCAAGAACUGGAAGAGGCACUACUUCAACCCAAGGGCUUCUCAAUGAUAUUCAGAAGUCAGCUUUGUAGCCCAGGUUUGUAGCCAUUGUCUGACCUGGAAAAAUUUUAGUGUGUGCCCACUAAACUACAACUUGACUGGAAUUCAGAAUGUUCUAAAUUCAAUUCCAUUGCAAUGUUCCUCUGUCUCCCCAGUCAAAAUAGCAUCUCCGCUACAUCUUCCUAGAGGCCAAAAAAGCUCCCUUGAUCUAAUUCAUAAGUUGUUCACUGAUUUUUAUCAAAGCACUGGGAGUCUGCUGGGAGGAGCUUUGAAUCUGUUUUCUUGCAUUGUCACUUUCUUGCAUUCUGAUCAGUGAGAAAGUCAUUGAAGUCUUGAUACUUGAAAUCAUGCUUCAGUGAAAACAUGCCAUCCACCCCUGCUGAUGCAAUCCGAUUUGUUCUGAUGCUGAACUUCAGUAAUAUGCAAAUCAUGGUAGAUCUUAAAUUUUAGGUGUGUUUUGAAAAAUGCCUUAUGAGUGCCUAGGGAUAAAUAGCAAUAAAUAGUAAAAUAAGCCAACUGAACUGCUCUAUGGAGCAAGCUUUAAUGUAGAGUGCUGCACAUUCCAUUUGCUGCUAACAGUUAGUGAAGAUUUUAUUUAGAUGUAACUCUGCAUUUGUAUAUGGUCUUUUUUUAAAAAAAAAAAUGAUGUUGCAAGUCAUGGGACUAUUUUUAUAUCUCCUGGUUUUUUUAGUUUGUUGUUAAUCGGACAUUAAGGUAUACAUGGUUACCUCUGGAACUUCAUAAAUUGCAAAAAAUGUUACAAUUACUUUUGUUCCAGCUUCCAUGUCAGUGGCAAAAGUCAUGUACGCCUACAGGCGUGUUGGGGGAGAGAAGGUUUUUGAUGGGGAAAUGUGUUACUUUGUUGGCCACCUCACAUAUAUGGCUACAUGGAUGGCCCCUUUCAAGCAGGGUACACAAGGCCACAUCAACCAUCUGUAACCUUCAGUUUGAAUACAAUGAAAUUCAUGAUGUCUGUGUGUGAGGUACAUGGAUAGAAAUGGGCAGAACUGUGUGGUUCUUAUAUAACUGCCCCAUUCAGUAUGGUAUAGGGCUACAGCUAGGGUGGCCUUUUGUCUACCUAGCUGAGAGAAUCCCCAACUUUCUCUUUUACUUGCAGACUUCGACACUCAACCGUGUGAGAGUACAAUCAACCAUGUACUCUCAUCUUGCAAAUGAUGAGUGGAUAACAUAACAAAUAUUGUUUUCUAUAGUAAAUAUUUUAUCUUCUCUGCUUUAAUGGUAUUUGAACAUCAUUUUCUGUUUUGCCAAAAUAUUUCUCUAACCUGGAGAUGUUGGCCAUGAAUAAAAUACAAAAUUCUUGGUGUGUAACAGUAUUAAGCUUAUGAACUGUAGAGGCCUCUUAAAUAACAAUCUUGGCCUUGCUUGCAGAACAGAAUCCUAUGUGACUGGAAUGAAUGAAUGAAUUCUGAAAUAUUGCUUAAAAUGUGUUUGGCAGGAUCAUAUUGAAUGUCUGCAUAUCAAAGAAUGUUUUAUGUACUGCAAAUCAAAGUCAUUUUAUGUAAACUUGAUGUCCUGUUCAGUGCCUUGUUUGUUUUUUUUACAAUAAAGGGAGAUUUUAAACAGC